AUGCAUUCCCAGCGUCUUAUCCAAUUUGUAGCUAUUACAGCUAUCACUUCAUCCGUUUUCGCAAACCCAGUCCCACCAAGGGAACCAAUCGACAACCUCCCUCGAGGCGCACCACUCGUCACCGACGAAGUCCUUCUUCUCGAUGCUCCAGCCUUCCAAACCGGCGAAGGCGGUGAGUGGACAGCUUCCGUUAGAAUGUUCACUCACAUUCGUCAAGUCCAAUCCAAGAUAAUUUCGAAGGCUGUGACAACGGCUAUUGAAGCUUUAGGGAUCGAGAUUGGGGAUAAAGUCAGUAAUGUCCUUGAGAGAUCUAAGCUUUUCUUCGCUAUCCCUCGAGGUGGGAUUUCGGUUGAUCUUGAUGUUGCUGGUUGCGGUUCGGCUAGUAUGCGUGUGGGGGAAACGUCGAAGAUGGGAUUGCUUGAACGAAGUGCUGGGAUUGGAGCCUGUAGUGGUUCGUCGAGCGUGAGGUCGAUUAGUGGGUAUGCGCCCGGGUUUUUCAAGGGGAGAUCUUUUGAAGCACUUAUCUUCCAGUCCCCUCCGAGUGGAUUUGGAAUCGUCUCUGACGUUGACGAUACUAUAAAGGUAUCUCAUGUCCUAGACAAGAAAAAGAAUAUGCAAGCCAUUUUCGUUGAUGACCACGAAGUCGUCAAUGGAAUGCCAGAGUUUUAUUCGAAGUUGGAUGGCGAACUUGGUAAUCCAGCUUGGUUCUACCUGACAGGAUCUCCAUAUCAGCUUUAUCCUUCACUUAGGAAGUUCAUCUUCGAGGCCUACCCCAAGGGACCAAUAAUCACCAAGAAUCUUACGGUCACAGAUAUCCCAUCCAUAUUUCAAAAUCUUAGUGAUGAGGAUAUAUUUGGAAAUUAUAAGGUCACACAGCUAGAGAAACUUCGUAGAUUCUAUCCUAAAAAGAAGUUCAUUACUAUCGGUGAUAGCACUCAAGCUGACCCAGAGGCUUAUGCUGAAUUUGCUCGCCGUUAUCCGGAUUCUAUUCAAUGUAUCUUCAUUAGAAAGGUAGAGGAUGCAGACAACAGGGAAGAACGAUUUAGGGAAGCCUUCGUUGAGGUCCCAGAAAGCAAAUGGAAGGUGUUUACGGAACCGUCGGAGAUAACGGAGUUGGAUGUUGCAAGUGGGCAAUGCAGCUAG